AAAUUUUCUUGAUUCCCAGAUAAAAUCCAAUUCCUUGAUUGAUUAUCGAUCGUCUCCUUCUCCCACAAUUAGCAUUUGUAGGCGAUUCGAAACGGUCGAUCAUUCUUUGAAUUUCUUUUCUCUGUGAAUUUGAAUAUCACAAUUUUCCGAAGAAAACAAUUAUUUGAAUUUGACGGAGGAGAUCGGAAUAGUCUAAUAUGGCUAACCAAGGUGGUCCGUCGAGAAAAAGUCUCUCGUUCUCUGGUCAUUCAUUUCAAGGAAGGAAAAAAGCUUCAGAAAACGAAGGUGGUGGUGGUGGUGGCUCUGACCUCCUCCCACGGCGAUCUCUCACAUCUUCUCGUUCUUCCAUAAGCUUGAGUGGGGAAAGGAGCGGAGAGAGAACGGUAAAGAGACUAAGGUUGUGUAAGGCUCUUACUGUACCCGAUAGCACAACUUUAUUUGAAGCUUGUCGAAGAAUGGCUGCACGUCGCGUUGAUGCGUUAUUGCUAACUGAUUCUAAUGCAUUACUUUGUGGGAUCUUAACAGACAGGGAUAUAGCAACAAAAGUGAUUGCUAAACAACUUAACCUUGAAGAAACACCUGUAUCUAAAGUUAUGACCAAGAACCCUGUUUUUGUUUUGUCUGAUACUAUUGCUGUGGAAGCUCUUCAAAAGAUGGUGCAAGGCAAAUUUAGACAUUUGCCGGUGGUAGAGAAUGGAGAAGUUAUUGCGCUUCUCGAUAUUGCAAAGUGUUUGUAUGAUGCAAUUGCCCGCAUGGAAAGAUCAGUUGAGAAAGGUAAGGCUAUUGCUGCAGCUGUUGAAGGCGUUGAAAAGAACUGGGGAACAUCUAUUGCUGGACCAAACACUUUUAUGGAGACACUUAGAGAACGAAUAUUCAAGCCUUCACUUUCAACUAUAAUUCCAGAGAAUACAAAGGUUUUAAAGGUUGGAUUGGAUGAGACUGUAUUAGGAGUAACCAUGAAGAUGGUCGAAUAUCAGUCUAGCGCAGCCAUGGUGAUGGUUGAGAACAAAUUAGUAGGGAUUUUGACUUCAAAGGACAUCUUGAUGCGGGUGAUAUCCCAAAACCUUCCUCAAGACACAACUACUGUGGAGAAGGUUAUGACACAGAACCCAGAAUCUGCAACAGUUGAUAUGGCUAUUGUUGAUGCCUUGCAUAUCAUGCAUAAUGGAAAAUUUCUGCAUCUUCCUGUAUUAGAUAAAGAUGGAGAUGUUGUUGCUGUGAUAGAUGUGAUCCACAUAACUCACGCUGCUGUUACUACGGCGGGAAGUACGGCUGGAAUAAAUAAUGAGACAGCAAACUCAAUGAUGCAAAAGUUUUGGGAUUCUGCGAUGGCGUUAUCGCCUACUGAAGAUAUAGAUGAAACCAGGAGUGAAGAAGAAUCGAUGAAAUUAUCUUCGGAGAUAGAAGGAACAAAAUCAUUCUCAUAUCCAAACACAUUUGCUUUCAAACUACAAGAUAAAAAGGGACGAAUGCAUAGAUUUAUGUGUGAAACACAGAGUUUGACAACUCUGAUAACAGCAAUUCUACAAAGAAUGGGGGAUGAUAUUGAGCCUGAUAACUUGCCUCAGAUAAUGUACGAAGAUGAAGACAAUGACAAAGUCGUUUUAGCAUCAGAUAACGAUCUUGGAGCUGCUGUAGAACAUGCAAAAUCAAUAGGCUGGAAGGGUUUAAAAUUGCAUUUGGACUACACAGAAGAAAGAGGGCACAGGAGAGGUCUAAGCUCAGAGGAUAUGGACUACGACCAGUCAAACUCAUGGGCAGCCGCUUACAAAACGGUUGCAGCCGGGGCUGCUCUUGCUGCUGGACUUGGAGUUUUGGUGCCUCACAAAACAUUCUUCCUAACAUAUGUUGGCUUCCUCUUUUACCACGUUGCAUCGAAUAUUACUCUUCGAAGGCUACGGCAUUCCAUUGCUGAUAUGCCAGAUUCUCUGAAAUGGUGUUUUGAGGCUGCAUGGAUACUGCCGUUGACUAUGACUUGGUGGCGUCACAAACUAGAGCUCCUAGUCAACGACCGAUGGCUAGUCUUCGUCUGCGCCAUGUGGAUCCAAUCCGUCGCCGGCGUCGGUUAUCUAUUCGGCGGCUCUAUGUCUCCAGCAAUCAAAACUUCCCUUGGCUAUAAUCAGAAACAAAUUGCUCUUCUCGGUGUUGCUAAAAACCUCGGUGACGCCAUCGGAUUCGUCUCCGGUGCUUUAUCUGAGGUCUCACCUUCCUGGGUGGUUCUUAUCGUCGGUGCAACUCAGAACCUUGUUGGCUACGGUGUCGUUUGGCUCGUCGUCACUGGUCAAUUGCCUAAUUUGCCUCUUUGGAUGUUGUUUGUUGCUAUAUUCGUGGGAACAAAUGGUGAAACUUACUACAAUACAGCAUCGCUUGUGUCAUGCAUUCAUAACUUCCCAGAAAGUCGUGGUCCUGUGGUGGGAAUCUUGAAAGGGUUUUCUGGUUUGAGUGGAGCAAUCUUGACUCAGGUUUAUUUGAUGUUCAAUCCUUCUCAUGAUUCUUCGGUUAUUCUCAUGGUUGCUCUUGGACCACCAGUUGUGGUUGUUGCUCUUCUAUUCGUUGUUAGACCUGUGGAAAGAAGUUGCAGGACGAACUUGCGUUCUGAUGAUUUACGAUUCUUGGCUAUUUACGGUUUCUGUGUUGUACUUGCAGUAUAUUUACUAGGAUUGUUGGUACUUCAGAGUCUUUUUGAUAUAACUCAAAAAAUUAUCACAACCUCUGGAGCCAUCCUUGUUGUUUUCAUGGUUGUUCCAAUUCUUGUUCCGUUUUCAUCGGUUUUCAUCUCGGGUAAUAAUGUUGCCUUAGUGAAGUCCGAAGAAGGAACUUCCAAUGUGGAUCAGCAUGAGGUUAAAACUUUAAUUGAGAGAAGUGAAAUGCCGCUGGAAAAGAAAAGAGCGCCGUGUAUAGGAGAAGAUUUCACCUUGUUACAAGCUUUGGGACAAGCCGACUUUUGGCUUAUAUUUAUGUCUCUGGUUCUAGGUGUAGGUUCGGGAAUAACAGUUAUAGAUAAUCUUGGUCAGAUUUGUUAUUCCCUCGGGUACAACAACACCAAAAUAUUUGUCUCACUGAUCAGCAUCUCCAAUUUUCUCGGCCGUGUUGCUGGUGGCUACUUCUCAGAGCUAAUCAUAAGAAAACUCUCACUUCCAAGAACAUUGGCAAUGUCUGCGGUUCAGGCGAUAAUGUCCUUAGGGCUCAUCUACUAUGCCAUAGACUGGCCUGGGAAGAUCUACGUAGUGACCAUUGUAAUAGGAAUGGGUUAUGGCGCUCACUGGGCGAUCGCUCCUGCUUCAGUCUCUGACAUUUUUGGCCUGAAGAGCUUUGGUUCUCUCUACAAUUUCCAGAUCACAGCUUUGCCUAUUGGGUCGUUUGUGUUCUCAGGUGUGAUCGCUAGUAACAUCUAUGACUACUACGCCAGAAAGCAAGCCGGACCCUCCACAGAAACUGAGUCGCUUGUCUGCACGGGCUCGGACGAGGAAGUUUUACUUGAGGCUUAACCGAGUCUCAAAGACUUGAAGAUAGUGUAACUGUGUCCAACUUUACAAACUUGUUACCAUCUUGGAACAGUUCAACUCCAAACUGGUCACUUUUCGUUUGAAUUUAAUUUGUAUUUAUUGGAGCAUAUUUUGUUUAACAAAUUUUUACCCUCUAG